AUGGCCGCCCCCGUCGGAGUCCACCUUGUGGGAAGUCUCCCUCUCGCUGAAACUGAGCAGGUGUUCCGUCAACUCCCGGCGGCCCUCCCAGACCGUCUCAACUCGAUCCCUGAUGGCGAGCCAGGUGCCCGAGGGAACUACAUGUAUUGGGAGCUCCCCUGUUUUCCCAAAGAGGCAAGACGACCGUGGUUACCCGAUACCUGCAAUGUGCCCGAUAACCACCCCGGUUUCACUCGAGACUCCGUGGCCCCUUCCCAAUACGCCGGCGCAGCGCUUCAAUCCUACCAGACCUUCGUACAGUUACGCAACCAGUCCCUCAUACCCACGGGAGUCCGCUUCCAGGUUUCACUGCCCUCACCGUUCGCCUGCAUCCAGGGCCACGUGCGGCCCGAACUUCACGGGGAGCUCGAACCGUUCUACGAGCGUCGUUUACUCGACUCCCUAGAUGCCAUCAUCACCGGCAUCCCUGCCUCCGACCUGGCUAUCCAGUGGGACCUGCCCUUCGAAAUAGGUGCCCUAGAGCACGAGCGAGGCCGACUCCCCGCCGACUACUUGUUCAGGCCGCAGUUUGCACCCGUCAGACAGGGCCUGCUAGAUCGCAUUCGGCGUCUCUGCGUAAACAUCCCUCCCGAGGUACAUCUUGGUAUUCAUCUCUGCUACGGCAGUGAGGGGGGGAGGCGUUUCCUCGAGCCCGAAGAUCUGGGCGUAUCGGUGAAUUUCGCCAACGACAUCGCCGACACGAUCCGUCCGCGUGCGAUUAACUGGCUGCAUAUGCCGGUGCCGAAGGAGCGGGAAGACAUGGCGUACUUUGCACCGUUGGAGAGAUUGACGGUGGAUCAGGAGACGCGACUGGUCUUGGGGCUGGUGCAUCCUGACGACGAAGAGGGCACUCGACGUCGAAUUUGGGCGGCGCAGCAGAUCACUGGCAGGCGGUUCAGCGUGGCAACGGAGUGCGGAAUGGGAAGAAUGUCCGAGGAACAGCUGGAUAGUAUCUUGAAGAUUUCGAGAGAUGUGACCCAGUUCACUAUCCCGCAGUUGCAGCCCUCAAGCACCAACUAG